UUGAUGAGUGAUGGAACGGGGCCCAUUGUGCUUGCCUGGUGUUUUCUUCGGCCUACCCACCAGAACGGGGGAGCCACUGCCCACUUGAACGUUCCGUUCUACCAACUGAACAGGGAAAGCUGACUUUCAAUGUUACUUCCCACGUCCGGCGUCUUUCUGUCACAUCUCCGCUAAAGAAACCUGGUCUUACCUUGAGUGUGUUGUCAUAUGCCCAAGGAAGUAGUUAUAUAUCGACUACUACUACUACUACUUCUUCUCAUCUCACAUACGCAUUGCAUCUUGUUUCACUUCAUAUCUUAAUUUCGAGAGGAAAGGCGAAAGAUAAAACGAGCUAAAGGCGUCUCUGUCAACUUGCCAAAACUCGGGACUUUGACGACACUGCUGCGUGGCCUUACCUCAUCACUACUUCUUCUCUACGCAUUGCCAUAGCCGAUGAUGGCUUCAGCCACCGAAAGCAUCCAGACCCAACAACUCACUCUACUGUCAGGCCUUCAUGCUCUGACAAUACCCAAGGAUAAUGGUCCCUGGAGACAGCCUCAGCCUCCAGCAUACUCUCCGCAGGCACAACCGAUGGUCUUCAGCAGCGUCGCAUCCCACUUCGUGAGGCGGGAUGUUACAAAUGACAGCCAAUAUAGUCAACGGGCCUCUCGUCUUCCGCAAGAUUCGAUCUUAGAUGUCGACGAGGAAGAGGAAGAAGAAGAGCCAUCGCCCAUUUCCCUGCGUAUCUCAACACGAAUCGACGUGGCUAGCGAUAGCAACCUCAUCGCCCUACCCUAUUCGCCUGCAGUACAGGCCAACUCCAUUGCGAAAGCGAUAGUCGAUGCCAUUUAUGAAAGAGAUUGGACAGUCGGGUGUCCCUUGAUAGACGAAAAUGGGCGGCCAAGACCAUUGAAGCUGGAAGUUGAUGCAGGCAUCACUGUGAGGGGAUCGUCAAAUGUCAUUGGCACGGAAGCAGUCAUCACAGAGUUUCUUCGUCGUGGGACGCAUACUCAAAAGAAACCACCUCACCGACAACCCCGGAGAGAGCCUACCGAUUCCGCGACAUCUCCUUCAUUGCCGAAUCGGAGGAGGCCGGCCUCAGAGCUGGAUGCACCUGAGCACCCAGUGUAUAAGCGUGCUCGGAGUGAGGAGUGAGUCUUUAUCGGUUGGUCUCUGGAGUUUUUUCGAGCGAUAAUUUAUGAACCUCGGUAUUCCAGCUCUGGCGGCAUUGAUAGAACGAGGGAACGCAGAGUCAUGCCACGCUGAGGCCGUUGAUCGUCAGGGGACCUCAAUGGUGCUCGCCAUAGUGUCACUAUGCGUCGCUGUUUGGUGGAACGGCGGCGCAAAGCUACAAGGAUCUCGCAAAACAUAUGGGACACUAGGAUUGAGUAAAUAUCAUAGUGCCGAGGUAUGGGCGGGACUAGAGGGAGCCAUCUAGAUCGAUCUAGAUGAGGUCGAAAACUCGAUCACAGUCAGCUCGCUGUAAUGAAAAUCCAACGUUUGUACUGAGCCAAC